CGGGGUUUCGGGGCUGUUCCUCUUGAGGUUGGCUCGCCUGAUGAGAGGUUUUGCCAUUAACCGGAGUACCAGAGAAAGGGGAGAGAGACAGACAGACGGAGCGCCGUGACGUGCGGAAUCCGCAGCAGAAAUAGGGAUGAUUAUAUUUUUAAGCUGAACUGUUCAGCAUCUCUGGUGGCUGGGGAUCAAAGCUACCUACAUACCGGUGCAUCCAUCGCUGCAGCCCUCUUGGGACUCUAAUCUCACUGCCGAAAGGAUUUAAGCUAAGGGGAUCGUAUUGGAUUUGUUUGUGUGUGUGUUCGGGACAAGACUUGCAAGGUUUUGAGGCAAGAUUCAAGGUUUGUGGCUUCUUUGAGGCAGUGGCAACUGCAAAUGUAUCCCAGCAUCAUGUGGUGUGUCUGGAUUCUGGCUGCGACACACAAAAACUGAUGUAAGGAUUAAUCUGUGAACUCUUGACAAAAAUAAAAAUCACAGGCAAAAUAGUGCCUCUUCACUGUAGAUGGCAGAAUUAGCCUUGACAGCUUGAGGUUUGAUUGAAAUCCCAGUUUACUUGUUUAUUGCCAGCCACCUACUGAAGACUUCAGCACAUUCACAAUUUCUCAGCUCUAAUCAGAAGCUUCCUAUGAAUGAAUUGAUGUGGGUUGACUACAGUUAAAAGCUCGGGAAACCGUAACCAUCCUGUGUUCUGCCUUUGUUUGAUUUGACCUAACCAACGCUGUUGACGUAGGCUAAAAUAACCUCUCAAAUGAGCAUUUCUAUUAAUGUGGAUUUAAUCCUCUCCAACAAACUGCAUCUUUUGUGAGCAGUCCUACAGUUUGCUUUCUCCCUGCGUUCCACUGAUUUUGUGCAUCUUGUGAUAAACAUGGAUUCCUUCUGCUUUGCGCUGUUACUAAGUUCUUUAGCGGGGCUUUGCCUGGGCAUUGAAUUUACUGGAGCACCAGGACUGUGGACCCGCUAUGCGCAUUGGGAUGCAAGCACCAGGAGCGAUCUAAGUUUCCAGUUCAAAACCGAGCUCUCCAGCGCUCUGAUGCUUUACUUUGACGACGGAGGAUACUGCGAUUUUGUGCAGCUGAUGAUAGUGGAGGGGAAAAUUCAGCUGAAAUUGAGCAUUGACUGCUUUGAGACUGAGAUCAAUAUGGAUAAGCCGGUGAGUGAUGACAAAUGGCACUUUCUCAUGAUAUCCCGCAAUAACCUGAGAACAGUUCUCGUGUUGGACGGAGAAACGAAGUCGGCCGAAGUCAAGCCACAGCGGCAGUACAUGAAGAUUGUAAGUGAUCUGUUCAUAGGAGGCGUCCCACAGGAUAUUCGGAAGUCAGCAUUAACUUUGAAUGGGGUGCAAAGCAAGCCUCCUUUUAAGGGAUUUAUCGAAGACUUGAAAUAUGGGGACUCUGCACCGGUGCUGUUGGGGAGUCAAUUCGUGAAGCUGGUCAGGGAAGGCAUUUGCACCGAAAGCCCAUGUGAAAAUGGUGGAAUUUGCUCUUUGAUCGAAGGGGAAGUCACCUGUGACUGUUCUAGCACAGGAUAUAUGGGGAGGUACUGCACUGAAGAAGUCAACCGUGUGCCAGGUUUCUCACAUCUGAUGAUGGGCGAGCAAGCCAGGGAAGACAACUCUGCAACAUUCCGAGGAUCGGAGUACUUCUGUUAUGACCUGUCGCAGAACCCCAUCCAGAGCAGCAGUGAUGAGAUCACCCUGUCCUUCAGGACCUGGCAGCGAAACGGGCUGAUCCUGCACACAGGGAAGUCAGCUGACUAUGUAAACCUAGCGCUGAAAGACGGAGCAGUUUCACUAGUCAUUAACCUGGGAUCUGGUGCUUUUGAGGCGUUGGUUGAACCAGUAAAUGGGAAGUUCAAUGACAACGCCUGGCACGAUGUCAAAGUGACACGCAAUCUGCGACAGGUCACCAUUUCAGUGGACGGUAUCCUCACUACGACGGGUUAUACCCAAGAAGACUACACCAUGCUGGGGUCUGAUGACUUCUUCUACGUUGGUGGAAGUCCUAGUACAGCAGAUCUGCCUGGCUCUCCUGUCAGCAACAACUUCAUGGGAUGCCUCAGAGAGGUUGUUUAUAAAAACAAUGACAUCAGACUAGAGCUGUCACGCCUGGCAAGAAUUAAGGACCCGAAAAUGAAGAUCCACGGCGAUGUUGUAUUCAAGUGCGAAAACGUCGCCACCCUGGACCCCAUAUCGUUUGAGACGCCGGAAGCAUACAUUAGCUUGCCGAAAUGGAACACCAAGAAGAUGGGUUCAAUUUCUUUUGACUUCCGUACUUCAGAGCCCAAUGGCCUCAUUUUGUUCACGCAUGGAAAGCCCCAGGAACGGAAAGACAUGAGGAGCCCAAAGAAAACUAAAGUGGACUUCUUUGCCGUUGAACUCCUUGACGGAAACCUGUUCUUGCUCCUGGACAUGGGAUCCGGUGCGAUAAAAAUCAAAUCAACAACGAGGAAGGUGAAUGACGGGGAAUGGUAUCACGUGGACAUCCAACGAGAUGGGAGAUCAGGUACUAUAUCGGUGAAUAGUCGACGCACGCCAUUCACAGCAAGUGGGGACAGUGAGAUUCUUGACCUGGAAGGAGACAUGUACCUAGGAGGUCUGCCAGACAACAGAAUGGGUUCCAUCCUGCCCACGGAACUCUGGACAGCCAUGCUCAACUACGGCUAUGUCGGCUGUAUCAGGGACUUGUUCAUUGACGGCAGGAGCAAAGACAUCCGACAGCUAGCUGAGGCACAGAAUGCCGCUGGGGUCAAGCCAUCUUGCUUGCGAGUGAGCAGUAAACACUGUGACAGCAACCCUUGUAAGAACAAUGCCGUGUGCAGAGAAGGCUGGAACAGGUUCAUUUGUGACUGCACGGUCUUGGGCUACUGGGGAAGAACGUGUGAAAGAGAGGCAUCCAUUCUCAGCUACGACGGCAGCAUGUACCUGAAGAUAGUCAUGCCCUGGGUCAUGCACACAGAAGCCGAAGACGUUUCCCUCCGCUUCAUGUCCCAGCGAGCUUAUGGCUUACUCGUGGCCACGACCUCGAGGGACUCAGCUGACACACUUCGCUUGGAGCUUGACGGAGGGCGAGUGAAGUUGACAGUCAACUUAGACUGUAUCAGGAUUAACUGUAACUCCAGUAAAGGACCGGAGACACUUUAUGCUGGGCAGAAGCUGAAUGAUAAUGACUGGCAUGCAGUCAGAGUGGUUCGUCGAGGUAAACAUUUAAAGCUGAUGGUCGAUGAAGUCACAGCAGAAGGUCAAAUGCUUGGCGACCACACACGGCUGGAAUUCCACAACAUUGAGACUGGGAUAAUGACUGAGCGACGCUUCAUCUCUGUGGCUCCAUCCAGUUUCAUUGGGCACCUCCAGAGCUUGAUGUUCAAUGGAAUGAUGUACAUUGACCUGUGCAAAAAUGGGGACAUUGAAUACUGCGAAAUCAACGCCAGGUUCGGCAUGAGAUCCAUCAUCGCAGAUCCCGUCACUUUCAAAACCAAGAACAGCUAUUUGACCCUGGCCACUCUCCACGCAUACACGUCCAUGCAUCUCUUCUUCCAGUUCAAGACUACUUCUCCCGAUGGAUUCAUCCUCUUCAACAGCGGAGAUGGCAAUGACUUCAUUGCAGUGGAAUUAGUCAAAGGAUAUAUCCAUUACGUGUUUGAUCUGGGAAAUGGACCCAAUGUUAUCAAGGGAAACUCUGAGAAGGCCUUGAGUGACAAUCAGUGGCAUAAUGUCGUGAUCACCAGGGACAACAGCAACACUCACACACUGAAGGUGGAUGCUAAAUCUGUGACUCAAAUCAUCAAUGGUGCCAAGAACCUUGAUCUCAAAGGUGUUCUAUACAUCGCUGGGCUGGCCCAAGGCAUGUACAGCAAUCUGCCAAAACUUGUUGCCUCCAGAGAUGGGUUUCAGGGUUGCUUGGCAUCUGUGGACCUCAAUGGAAGGCUCCCGGACCUGAUUCACGAUGCGCUACAUCGCAGUGGUCAAAUUGAACGUGGAUGUGAAGGUCCUAGCACAACUUGCCAAGAAGACUCCUGUACCAACUAUGGAAUCUGCAUCCAACAGUGGGAAGGAUACACAUGUGACUGCUCCAUGACUUCAUACAGCGGCAGUCAAUGCAACGACCCUGGUACAACGUACAUAUUCGGACGUGGAGGAGGGCUCAUAACCUACACUUGGCCAGCUAACGACAGGCCCAGCACAAGGACAGACCGCUUGGCUGUUGGAUUCAGCACGUCAGUGAAGGAUGCCAUCUUGGUGCGAGUGGACAGUGCUCCUGGUCUGGGCGACUUUCUUCAGCUUCACAUAGAACAAGGCAAGAUCAGUGUCGUCUUUAAUGUGGGAACAGAAGAUAUUGUCAUCACGGAAUCCAGCAACGUGGUGAACGAUGGGAACUAUCAUCUGGUCCGUUUCACCAGGAAUGGGGGCAACGCGACCCUUCAGGUGGACAACUGGGCUGUCAAUGAAUUCUAUCCUUCAGGAAACAUUGAUAAUGAACGCCUGGCGAUUGCUAAAACGAAAGUCCCCAAAAAAUUCAGAGGAAUAGUAUUUGAUGAGUGGCUACAAGAGAAAGGCCGCAUGCUCACCAUCUUCAACACCCAGGCCCUGAUCACCAUCGGGGGGAAGAACAGGAGCCGGCCGUUCCAAGGACAGAUGUCUGGUCUUUACUACAACGGCUUGAAAGUUCUCAACAUGGCAGCAGAGAGCCACCCCAAUGUCAAGGUCAACGGGACGGUGCGGCUGGUGGGAGACGUAUCCUCGGUGAUUGUCAACCGGCCGUCAGUGACCACCUUGCCAGCCGAAAUGUCCACCACCAUUAUGGCGACCACCACUACCAUGGCAACCACCACGGCCAGGAAGGUCCGGGGAACAAUGAAGGUCAACCCGGUCACCGAUGACUUGAUUGUGUCCUCAGCGGAGUGCGCCAGCGACGAUGAGGACCUCGACGAGUGCGAGCCGAGCUCAGGUGGGUUAGGAGGUGAAUUAGUUUUCCCAGUAGUGACAGAAGAACCUUUAGACACCCCUCCUCUUGGCACCCGUGCCCCUGUCAUCACCCUCCUUCCUACCUUCCGCCCCCUUCUCACCAUUAUUGAAAGCACCAAAGAUUCCCUGUCCAUGAUCCCUGAGGUUGGGUUGCCUUGCUUGCUGGACCAGGACACCGAUGAUUGUGAUGCUGGCUUGGUGAUAUCGGGUUAUGGCUCAGGGGAGGCGCUUGACUCUGACCUACCCCCUACUGAUGAUGAAGAUUUUCACACCACCUUGUCCUUGGUAACAGAUAAGACCUUGUCCACAUCGGCCUUCGAAGGUGGCUACAAAGCGCACGCACCCAAGUGGGAAUACAAGGACUUUAGAGCAAACAAACCGCCUGAAUCUGGUAGGACAGCCACCACUGACUCUCCCCCUGAGCUGACCAGCUCUUCGGUCUCCACACCGCCCAGGAAGCUGCCCAAGUUGCCCGCGGGCAAGCUGAAUACGCGUGAGCAGAAACCCCAGCCUGGCCUAGUGUUGUUUCCUUUGCCCACCGGUUAUGAAGUAGACAACACCAAGUUGAAGAGCCCCUUAGUCACCUCACCCAUGUUCCGUAAUGUGCCCACAGCAAACCCCACCGAGCCGGGAGUACGAAGGGGCCCCGGGGCGUCGGAAGUGGUGCGCGAGUCCAGCAGCACUACGGGGAUGGUCGUGGGAAUAGUGGCCGCAGCGGCACUGUGCAUCCUCAUCCUGCUCUACGCCAUGUACAAGUACCGCAACCGGGACGAAGGCUCGUACCAGGUGGACGAGACGCGGAACUACAUCAGCAACUCUGCACAGACCAACGGCACCGUGGUCAAGGAGAAGCAACAGGGUGCCAAAGGCGGCAGUAAGAAGCACAGAAACAAGGACAAAGAGUACUACGUGUAGCGAGCGGG